UUCAAGACCCAUCUCUUUGUGAUCACGUUUUGUGGGAUAGUCAUGCACUUCCUUGUACAUGACGAAUUGCGUUGAAAAUCCAGCAACGUGAUACAUUUAUAUGUAUGGAUCUACAUCCAUUUUGGAGUACCAUGCACGUUGAAGAACCAGAAAUACCUGAAGCACAGAUGGAUCGUGAAACAAAUAUGAGAGACCGAAUAAUCAGACUAGCCACGGAAGUGUUAGAAAAAGAUUAUAUGACUCAAAAGAUGACUGCUGAUUACAUGAAUAGCACUAUUCAUCCAGACACCAUCCACUUGGCAGAGCCUGCAUAUGUUAUACCAAAAGGAAGGCCAAAGGAUAAACCGAAGAGAGAUAAAUCCGGUUGGGAGUACCCACCAUUCCCGCGGAAGUCGUCUACUGAUGAAGAAAAUGGUAAAUCGUCUGCCGGUUCUAAGGGUCGAAAAAGUAUUUCUACCAGAAGCCCACCAUCGAAAGUAACCGAAUCCGGUUCUGGUCGUGGACGAGGGCGGGGUCGAGGGAGUGGUAGAUCAAGUGAUGAAUCUACUGCCAAACAGAAGAGUAAUCCGAUGCCUCAAAAGGAACCGGGCGAUGAGCUCAAUUUCAGAUCUUACAUCCCAGGUUUUGUGGCAGGAUCUAUUGUGUCGUAUGUUAAUGUUAUAGCAGAUGGAAAUUGUGGGUACAGAUGUGUUGCAGAAGCAGUGUUCCGAGAUCAGCACAGAUGGAGUCGUGUAAGGAGAGAUUUGAUUGCCGAUAUGUACGAGCGAUUUGGUACGUACGCAUCGCAAAAUGGUGAAGAUGAAGUCAUUCGAUGGAUUACAAGAUGUGAUUGACAAAUCAGUGUCGCGCUCCAUAACUCUCCUACGACGAUGAGAUGCAGUCAUACGAAUGCGCUCCGCUUCCGCCUCGGCUUCCGUCGCGCCUUGCCCGCCAUACCAAAAUUUAAUCUUCGGAAAUUUAUCCGAACUCGAAGAAGAACCCAUAAGCCCUUUCCCCUUGUCCUGACGUGCCAUCUGUAAAAGAUAAAAAAACAAAUUAAAUAAAAUAAUUAAAAA